UGUAGAUGGGAGUGCUCCUUUUCGUCGACGACAAAUAAUGGGCUGGAAGCAGCUAGUCUUGGAUCACAUCCGACUCCUCUAAGAAAGAACUUUUUUUUUUUUGAAGAUCAUGAUCAUGAUCAUGGGUCAAGCAUCUUUUAUCACUUUCUCUACCACAGAAAGUAACUGUUAUAGGUUCUUGUGAAGUGAGUGGAGGAGGGAUUCUCAAAGCAAUUGCAUUUCACCAAUGAAAACAGAAAAGAAGAAAAAAGCUAGGUUCUUGGUUGUCCAAAAUCAUGCUGUUCUAUAUAUAAUUGAAUGCAAUGGCAGUGAGAGAGCAGCUCCUCAAAUUCAAGAAAGCUACGGCAUUUCUUGUUUGUCUUGAAGAAGAGAGAUAUGGGUAGAGGAAAAUUCAAAGGCAAACCUACAGGUCGUCGCCAUUUUUCUACGCCUGAAGAACUUAUUGCUGGUACCACCGCCACUCGCCCUCGCACUUUUAGUCAGGAAGAAGCAGCAGAGAAUGUAGAAGAAGAGUCUGAAGAGGAGUUGGAGGAACCAUCUCAGAAGCAGAAAGGUACCCUGGGACUCAUUGAAAUCAACAACCCUAAUUUAGUAAAACCAAAGAAUUUGAAGGCUAAAGAUGCUGAUAUUGGCAAAAUAACCGAACUCUCAAGGCGUGAGAGGUUAGCUACUUUCUUGCUUCAAUCCAUUUUAAGCAGUAAUAUGCUUAUGCAUGUGGUCAUUGUAGUGGAAAUAGAAAAACAGAAAGCUCAUGAACGAUAUAUGAAGCUGCAGGAACAAGGAAAAACUGAACAAUCAAGGAAAGAUUUAGAACGCUUGGCCCUGAUACGCCAACGAAGGGCAGAAGCUGCUAGGAAGCGAGAAGAAGAUAAAGCUGCCAAGGAACAGAAAAAGGCAGAACCUCAGAGAUGAACAGGUUAUCAAACCAGCUAAUUACCUUUUGUCAGUCUCAAGACUUAUAUAGUGAAAAAAAGAUGAAUUAUUAUUGUUAGGGUAUUUAUGUAAUUGUAUACAUACUUUAUAUAUAUGCGUGUGGGUCUAUAGUAAGACACGCAACACUUCUAACUC